CGUGCUGGUCUUUCGUCUCAGCGGCACCGACGCUGCCCUCCUGGCCGUCUUUGGGAACCUCCUCGGUGUCCUUGCCGUGGGGUACAUGAGUAUCUGGGGUCCGCGGAGUGGAAGCCGCACUCUUGUAUGUUCCUCUCUUUCUUUUUUUUUCUCUCAAAAAGGAUUCUCCUGACUUCAAAACUGCUAGAUCAUCACACGUCAGUCUAUGGGAUACUAUCCCAACAUACUAUGCUGCGCUCUCAACGUAUUGACCAAUAUUGGAUACGGCAUGCUCAAUUGCACACUAGGAGGCCAGAUUGUAUCCAAGGUAUCUGGUGGGUCUGUUUCUGUCUUGUUUGGGAUCAUCAUCGUCGCGUUGGUAAGUUUGGUCAUGGCCAUUUGUGGGAUGCGGAUCUUCCAGAUCUAUGAAAGGUUCAGCUGGCUACCGCAGCUUAUUGUCCUCUGCGUCAUGAUUGGCACGGUUGGCCCUCAAUUCGACUUCAGCACCCCGUCCCAGCUCCCGCACGAGCAGGUCGUCGCGAACCGAGUGACGUUCUUCUUCCUUUCUCUGUCGACCAGUCUGGCAUGGGUGCCUGUUGCAGCGGAUUAUUACGUCUACUACCCUCCCCAAACCAAGCCAUGGAAGACAUUUGCGAUGACAAGUAUGGGGCUGGGCCUAGCCAUGAUCUUGACUCUCCUGGUCGGAGUAGGACUCGGGACGGCUGUUGCGUCGAACCCCCGGGCCCAUGACUCUCCCGGGAGCCUGAUAAUGGCAGGAUAUGGCACAUUAGGCAGCUUUGGCAAGUUCUGCGCGGUUAUCAAUGCGUUUGGAGUUAUUGCAAACAACGCCCCUGGCGCGUACUCGAUGAGCAUGAACUGCCAGAUGCUCGGGGACGGCUGGCAAAAAGUGCCACGCCCGGUUUUCACGGUCGUCAGCACGAUUAUUUACGCCGCCUGCGCGAUUGGAGGCCGCAAUUCCCUCUAUGAGAUCUUCAAGAACUUCCUUCCCCUCAUCGGAUACUGGAUCGUCAUCUGGUUUGUCAUCUUUCUCGAGGAGCAUUGGUUUAUCCGUCGGACCCGAGGUUACGACUGGUCUGCCUGGAACGAUCGAAGACGACUGCCUCUAGGCCUUGCAGCUGGGAUUGCCUUCCUCGCCGGCUGGGCUGGAGCUAUCAUCGGCAUGGACCAGAUCUAUUACACGGGCCCCGUUGCCCGCGCUGUCGCAGGAGGCUGUGAUCUAGGCCUCUGCCUGGCAGCUGGCUUCACUGCUUUGGUCUUCCCUCCCAUCCGAAUGAUGGAAUUGUGGACAUUCAGACGCUGAAAGACCGGAAGAGUACGGAGUACCUCAGGGCAGGGAGUCAGGGUUUGUAAAGCCGGGAUCGUACGGUAUAGUUGAACAUGUCAUGCAUUUCCGUGGUAGGGCGUAAUUUGGCAAUGUGAUUUUUCUCGUCUGCUCGAUUUCUGUUCGUUUCUUGAUAUUGUACACUACCUGUCAGAAUAGCCAGUCGACAUGAGGGAAAGAGGGGAUGAGGAGGAUCUAUCACCACAAAUCACUGGCGUGUAAUGCAGCUUCCGAGCCCUGUUUACCAAUUAGAAAGGAUUAAUACAACAUGGGGUUGACAGGGAUAUCC